AUGGGGAACGUCUUGAAGGGGAUAAAGGGGUGCCUUGUUUUCAUCGACGACAUAAUCAUCUUUUCCGAGACGUGGGAGGAACACCAGCUAAUUUUGAAAGAAGUAUUUAGUCGUAUUCGCGCUGCUGGGUUGAAAGUAAAGCGGGAAAAGUGCCAGUUCGCGCAAGAGUCAGUUAAGUUUCUUGGGCAUGUCGUAUCGGCGCGAGGGACCGAGCCUGACCCAUCGAAGGUUGAGGCGGUGCGAGACUUUGCAACCCCAUCUUCCCUUACCGAGGUUCGUGCAUUCAUCGGUAUGGCAUCUUACUAUCGAAGAUUUAUAAAGAAUUUCGCGGACAUCGCCACGCCCCUGCAUGACAUGACUAAAGGUAGUCAGCCAGAGUUCAACUGGACGCCAUUAGCGGACAAGUCGUUCAAUGAGCUUAAGAACCGUCUGUGUACAGCACCAAUCCUAUCUUUGCCGGACUUUUCAGUUCCUUUCAUUAUAUAUACGGAUGCCAGCGAUUACGGACUCGGUGCCGUCUUGUCGCAACGAAUAGGUGAACAUGAAUGUGUGAUCGCGUACGCCAGUCGAACACUGACGCCAGCAGAAAGAAACUACUCGACGACAGAGAAAGAAUGUUUGGCCAUCGUAUGGACAGUGAACUAUUGGCGGCCAUAUUUGCUCGGUAAAGCGUUCGACAUUGUAACGGACCAUCAGAGUUUGACAUGGUUGCAGGGGCUAAAGAAACCUAAAGGCCGUCUUGCUCGGUGGAUACUCGCUUUGCAGGAGUACGAGUUCGAAAUUAAACAUCGGCCGGGGAAACAGCACGACAACGCAGAUACACUUUCCAGGUUCCCUCGAGUGUCACCCGCUCUUGUGCCGGAUUGGAGCCCCGAUGAGGACCUGAUGGUCGGAGUAGCAGCCACGGAAGUGAAUGCAUCGUGGCCGAAGGAAGAGAUAAUCAAGGCGCAACAGGACGAUCCAAGCAUUUUCUUGGUAGUGCAGAAGCUACGUUGUACUAACACAGCACCAAAGAAAGACGAGGAUGGUUGGAAUGAUAACGGAGAGCAACGUCGCUACAAGCAGUUAUGGCCGCAAAUGGAGAUGAGAAACGGUAUCCUACAUCGUCGUGUGGAUAAGGGCGCACCCACAGAGCGGUUGGUGUGGGUGGUCCCACGUAGAAUGCGUCCCGACCUUUUAAAGCUUUCCCAUAACGACCCUUGCUCCGGGCAUAUGGGAGUUAAUCGUUGCCUGGAGCGUCUGCAACAACAAUAUUACUGGCCUGGAAUGGCCUCAGAAGUGCAACUGUGGGUCGCAGAAUGUGAAAUGUGCGACCGCCGCAAGUCUCCAGUGUCGCCCCGUAAAUCACCCAUGCAAAGCAUAGAGGUUGGUCAUCCAAUGGAAUUAUGGGCAAUGGAUAUUUUGGGCCCACUUCCUCUAACUGCACGGGGAAAUUAAUACAUCUUGGUGAUGUCUGACCACUUUACUAAGUGGGUAGAGGCGGUGCCGCUAGCCAACCAAAGAGCCGAUACCGUAGCGAAAGCGUUUGUUGACGAAGUUGUGACUCGACACGGUGUUCCUCGUAAAAUUCUAACAGAUCAAGGGAGGAACUUUGAAGCAGAGCUCAUGCGGCAGGUGUUCCAUCUUCUUGGGGUGGAAAAAUUGCGAACUUCGCCGUAUCACCCACAAACUGAUGGGCAGGUCGAAAGGUUAAACCGGACCUUGAAGGGAAUCCUCACGGCGUACGUGAAUAAAGACCACACUGAUUGGGACGUUCAUUUACCUCUCGCCUUGUUUGCAUACCGCAACAGCGUGCAUUCAUCGUCAGGAGUUUCACCGUUUAGAGCGGUUUAUGGUCGUGAAGCCAGCACACCCUUAGUGCUGAUGGGCACCCAGACAGAGGCAAAGGAGCAGUUUAUCUCGAACUACUGCGAUGAGUUAGAGAAGUCCCUGAAGGACGUGCAACGCUUUGUGAAAGAAAAGAUUAGCGAGGCACAGAGGAAGCAGAAAAAGGGGUACGAUGAUCGCAACAACAUUGACAAAAGCACGCCUUUUAAGGUGGGAGAUCGGGUUUGGCUCAACGACACAGCGGUUCCAAAAGGGCUUAGUCGAAAGUUCCACCUACAGUGGUCCGGGCCUUACGUGGUCCUAAACCGUCUUGGUGGCACAAAUUACCACAUUAAGCCCGAAUCAGGAAAUAGAAAAUCUAAAGUGGUCCACCGCAUUCGUCUGAAAUCAGCUCCUUGCCGACCAAGAGUGGAGGAAGGCAUGUCCACGUGCUCCCCGAAAGAAACCCAACAUACCGCAUUGCAGACCAACGAACCGAUGAUUCAUCAUCAAGAGAAUUUAGUCGUGCAGCCUGCCCACCAAGAGAGGACUAACACGCUACGAAGGUCCACCCGUCAGCGUAGACAACCGGACAGAUAUCAGGACUAUAACCUAGAUGAGGUAGAGAUCGAGGACGCUCUCAAUUAGAGAGGGGGAUUGUGUAAUAUGUAUGACUAUAAUAAUAAUAGGUAUCAAGUGUCACAGGGGUGAUUGGCAAGGUAUUAGGACAUUAGUAAUAUGAGACAGGGACAUGAGAAUUGUUAUUGUGUGAUAUUCUAGCGUGUAAAAGAAUAUAUAGAAAAGUCUGGUUUUGUAUCGUUGUUGUCUGAUUCGCUUAUAUUACACCUCUAUAAGUUCUAAACUAUUCUCCCUAGAGGUCCAGUAAGAGUCAUGACUCUCUUAUUGAUCCAGUGUUACUCCAGGUGAUCUUGAUACGCGGAAAAGUACUGGCACUAGUUGUCAAAUAGAAAUCCAUUUUAUGAUUAAAACAACUGAAUAUCUCCUGUAAUAUACUUUAUUUCGAUUCCAUAUUUUUGUCAGAGGUAUAGUUCUCAUAACCAAACAUAAUUACAAAAUUUCAACUAGUUUCAUAAAGAAUAAUGAAAGAUAUAAUUGACUGAAUACGUCAAAAUGGAUUUCUAUUCGGACAACCCUUUCUGAGCGCUGAUUGGCUAAAAUACGAACACGAGAUCACCUGGCUAUAGGAGGACACCUGAAAUGAACUAACUUUAUUUAUACUGGAUAACUCUAUCAGUUCUAAACUGUUCUUCCUAGAGGUCCAGUAAGAGUCAUUCAAAACAUCUUUGCAUUUCUAGGAUUGUUACCCAAAGAAAAACCACCGAUGAAUGUCGUUGGUGAUGUUGGUGGAAAAAUUGCAAUUAUUAUUGUAAGUAGGAAAAGUGAUUGAAAUAUUAAUUCUCUAAAUUAAGAGAGCAAUAAGCUAUGAGCAGAGUUUGCUAUCCAGAUAUAGUAAAGUUUUGUGUGCUUACUAUUUUUAAGCUGAUUUAUCCAGCGAUGCAGUUCAUUUGUGAGUUUAAACUAAGGUUUUGUUAUCUGGGUAUUCGUCUUCAGGAUGAUAUAAUCGACAGUGUGGAGCCAUUUGCAGACGCAGCAGCCUUGUUGAAGGAAAGAGGUGCAUAUAAAGUCUAUGUCAUGGUUACACAUGGCAUCUUAUCUGGUGAUUGCGUCAGAUUGAUUGAAGAUUCUGAUAUUGAUGAGGUAAUUAAUCCAUCGAUUAUAUCUACUGAUGAUAUCCCGUGGUCCAGUGUAGGUAGUAUUCUACAAUAAGCUGCCGUGGUUUGUGUCUGAACUACCUGCAAAAGAUACACUGUAUCUCAAACGUGCUGGUCCAGUAGUGUAGGUAGUAUUCUACAAUAAGCUGCCAUGGUUUGUCUGAACUACCUGAAAACGAUAUAUCAAACUUCGUGGUCCAGUGUAGGUAAUAUUCUACAAUACUGUAAGCUGUCAUGGUUUGUGUCUGAACAACCUGAAAAAGAUAUCUCAAACGUUGUGCUCCAGUGUAGGUAGUAUUCUACAAUAAGCUGUCGUGAUUUGUGUUUGAAUGACUUGAACAGUUAAAGAAUACGUCCAUUUUUCAAUAGACAUUUUAUUAUUAGAUCGUCGUGACAAACACAGUAGAACAUGAAACGAAGAAGGUCCAAUGUAGUAAAAUACGAACGAUCGAUGUUAGUCUGUUGCUUGCAGAGGCUGUGAGACGCAUUCACAAUGGAGAGUCCAUGUCUUACCUAUUCCGAAAUGUACCCUUACAUGACUAG